CGGCGCCUAUAGCCUUAAACAGAUUCUCUCCAAUCAAUUCUCACACACUAGCACAUUCUACUGCGUGAGCAUAUAGCUAUACUAUAUAACCACUCGUGCUGAGCGUAUGGCAGAGGCGGCGGCUCAAUCUGUAGGUGAAUUACCGGUGAAGAGACCUCGCGCUGAGGAGGAGGAAAACGGCGGCGUUUCGGUUGAGAUGGAAGUUAAUAACGGUGCCGUUACGGAGCUUCCCGAGUGCAUGUCGUCCGUUAUCCCCGGGUGGUUCUCGGAGAUGAGCCCAAUGUGGCCAGGAGAAGCGCACUCACUGAAGGUUGAAAAGAUAUUGUUUCAGGGAAAAUCUGAUUAUCAGAAUGUCAUUGUUUUCCAGUCAUCAACAUAUGGGAAGGUUCUUGUCUUGGAUGGUGUAAUUCAACUUACUGAGAGGGAUGAAUGUGCUUACCAAGAAAUGAUAACUCACCUCCCACUCAGCUCAAUCCCAAACCCAAAAAAGGUUUUGGUGAUUGGAGGAGGGGAUGGUGGUGUCCUGCGUGAAGUAUCGCGUUAUGCCUCUGUUGAGAAGAUUGACAUAUGUGAGAUCGAUAAGAUGGUUGUUGAUGUUUCUAAGCAAUUUUUCCCGAAUGUAGCUGUGGGAUAUGAAGAUCCCCGAGUCACACUGCACAUUGGAGAUGGGGUUGCAUUCCUAAAGGCCGUGCCAGAGGGAACUUAUGAUGCAGUUAUAGUGGAUUCUUCGGAUCCAAUAGGCCCUGCCCAAGAGUUGUUUGAAAAACCCUUUUUUGCGUCAGUAGCUAAGGCUCUCCGACCAGGAGGCGUCGUGUGUACUCAGGCUGAAAGCAUAUGGCUUCACAUGCACAUUAUUGAAGAUAUUGUUGCGAAUUGCCGCCAGAUCUUCAAAGGCUCUGUCAAUUAUGCCUGGACCACUGUCCCCACAUACCCAAGUGGUGUGAUUGGUUUCAUGCUUUGUUCCACGGAAGGCCCCCCAGUUGACUUUAAGAAUCCAAUCAACCCGAUAGAUGCUGAUGAUGAUCAUGCCAAAACAAAUGGACCAUUGAGGUUCUACAACUCCGAGAUCCACUCGGCUGCAUUCUGCUUGCCCUCGUUUGCCAAAAAGGUGAUCGAAGCAAAAGCUGCGGCUAACUGAAGAAAUUCUUGAGGCCGGGGAGAGCAAACGUAGGAAUUAGGCUGUUGUUUGGUUCCUAAUUUAUGUCUAUUUAAUGCAUUUGACUUAAUACUAGCAAUCUAGAAAUGUACCAGGGAGUUUGGACAUCAUGUUUUGUUUUUGAUCAUUCAUCACAACUUAUGAUAUUUUGCCAUAUUAUAUGUUAUCUUUGUUGCAUUCAA